UAUCUGUGAGGCUGCGCUGACUCGUCGCUGCAGGAUAAAUUCAAAUCCGCGUCGUUUACACGGAAAGUUUGGCUUUUCACUGGUUUCGCAGAGUAAACGCCUCAGGCCCCUGCAGUAUUUCUACUUGUUUAUUAUUAUUAUUACUAUUCAUUUGUUUGUGAAAGGUUUUGUUUGAGUUUUUACUCGCCGACUGUGUGGACUUCGACCUGGGCCAGGCACCUGUCUCAAACAAGGAAGUUCAGUCGAUCUACCCCGUCGCCGGUGAAGUCGAUGGGCCGUUUAUAAAUGAUAGUGGCUGAGCUCGGUUGUCUGUUCGGACAGGCGCUUUUAUCCUCGAUGUUGACCUUAUAACGUGUGCUUGUGGACAGAAUCAUCGACACGGGACAAAGCUGCUUCCUCCCUCCCCGCCACAAGGUGAUCUGUCCGAUCUGUUGACGACAUGGACUCAUCAGCCGCAAAUAAUUCCAUUGUUCACCUGGCUGCACCGAUUCUCCCAGACCAGUCAGACAAAUCCAAUAUGACCAUCAUUCGAACGGGGAACGGUUCCAUCAUCGAGGACCAGAUGUUCUUAAACACCGUGGCUGCUCAGGCCCUCUCAGGGAUAUUUGUCUGGUCCGCCUUGCUCAUAACAUGCCACCAGAUCUACACACACCUUCGAUCCUACACGGUCCCCAAUGAGCAGCGUUACAUCAUCCGCAUCCUGUUUAUCGUGCCGGUUUAUGCCUUUGAUUCUUGGCUCAGCCUGCUCUUUAUCAGUAACGACCAGUACUACGUCUACUUUGAUUCAGUUCGAGACUGCUACGAAGCGUUUGUCAUUUACAAUUUCCUGAGCCUGUCCUUUGAGUAUCUGGGCGGAGAGAGUGGAAUAAUGUCAGAGAUACGAGGGAAGCCCAUACAGUCAAGUUGUCUCUAUGGUACCUGCUGUCUGGUUGGAAUGAGCUACUCCAUCGGCUUUUUACGAUUCUGCAAACAGGCGACUCUCCAGUUCUGCGUUGUCAAACCCAUCAUGGCAGUCAUCACCAUCAUCCUGCAGGCCUUUGGCAAAUAUCAUGAUGGAGAUUUUAACAUAAAUGGAGGAUACCUCUACAUCACAAUCAUCUACAACUUCUCAGUCAGCCUGGCUCUCUACGCUCUCUUCCUCUUCUUCUUCGCAACAAGCGACCUGCUCAGGCCGUACGAACCAGUGCUCAAAUUCCUCACAAUCAAAUCCGUCAUCUUCUUAUCCUUCUGGCAAGGAAUGGUCCUCGCCAUCCUGGAGCGCUGCGGCGUCAUACCCAACGCGCUCUUCAUCGAUGGACAGGAGGUCGGCGCCGGCACCGUGGCAGCAGGCUGGCAGAACUUCAUCAUCUGCAUUGAAAUGUUCUUCGCUGCUAUUGCCCUCCGAUACGCCUUCACCUGCACCGUCUAUCAGGAGAAAAAAAAUGAAGUGCCAGAAAACAUCCCUCCGAUGCAGAGUAUCUCCAGCGGUCUGAAGGAGACCAUAAACCCAGGAGACAUGGUACAGGAUGCCAUCCACAACUUCUCCCCGGCCUACCAGCAGUACACCCAGCAGUCAACGCAGGAGGUGGUCCAGCCCAGCGUGAACGGGAAGGUGGCCACAGGCAACAAGAGCUCCCGCAAGUCAGAUAAAAUCAUGCUGAUUACCUCUGAUGAUGAGUUCUAGGCAAUUUUCCAGCAAGACCCAGGUGUUUGUGUCCUUGCCACCCCAGUCACUGACCCCCUGUGGAAACAGCUGUAUCUCAUAUCGCACAGAGCUGGAUCGAAUCCAGGUGUUUAAUUUUCAUUAUCCGAGUAUUUAAGAUGGACUGCUUGCUUGUGUCCUGUUUUAAUGAAUAAUUUAAGCACCAAGAGUUUUUAAGAAUUGACAGCUCAUUGACCAGUGAACUGAUCUGUCUCCAUUUUGGCAGUAACAGUCACAGGAAACCGACAUGUCACCUGCACUCUGUCAGUCUGGAGCUGUGUAUUUUCUGUAAAUCAGGCUGCUGGUUGUUCAGCAGUGUCCCUGAGCCCGAUUCUGUUUCUGUCAUUAUGUCAGUGCUUGGUCUCUGGCCGUGUGAAGUGUGCUCCCUCUGAUUCAUGUCGGUUUCAAAGAGGAGAUGAUUAAUAUGUGACUCCAGGUGGGAAGCAGGAAAGCCUGCGAUGGCGGGGAAUGACACUUCAUGGACCGUCUCUCGCAUCUGCUCGUUUGAAGAAUUUGCUGAGCAUUCCUCUGCGCGGUUUCCUGACAAAUGGAAAGAUUCGUUCAAAGACACAUUCGUUUUGGAGCAGGCACUUCAAACUGCAAACUAUAGCACUUCGCAGUCCUUUGUAUCUACCAGAGCAUGGACAAACUGGAUAAACCUGUCUCCUACAAAGUGGGAGUUUUAUUAUUCUCAUUAAUUUUCCCAGCACGCUAAAGAGUUUGAAUCGGUGCGACUCGGCAGCUGUUCAGCUGGCGCUAACAAUUAGUCUUUUUGCGGCUUCUACCCUAUUGCAAAUGCUUUUCAUGUUUGGCAUGUUCACAUCACAUGUUCAUGUCAUAAAUCCAUGUUCCAGGGAUUAUGAAGUAUGACCAGACUUUGAUUCGUGUAAAUUGUGUUUUUAAUGUGCUCUAUGUUAAAUGUUUGAAUUGUGAACUUGGGAGAUCUCAGUGUAUUUAAUGUGUGUAGUUCAGGCGUAGUCAGACCAAACCAAAAUCUGUGUGUGGGGGGAAAAGAGAAACAGACAAACUUGUGUGAUUUGAGAGACUUUGUAGUUUCUUCUUCCACUUUAUAACUUUCUAAGACUAGUUUUUGUACAUGAAGUCAUAGGUUUUAAUUUUGAUACACUUGUGUGCCAAUAAUUUUUCUGGGAAAGCAGAAAGGAAUUGACAGUUGGAUACAAAGUAAUUUUUGAAAAUACAGAAAAUAGUUGACUAGUGGGUCUUAGUCCUUGUGGCACAAAAUUCAACUGUUUUUGCUUGUGCAAGUUGUAUUUGUUGAACUGAGUAAAUCUGUACUUCUCAAUGAGGAAAAAGCUUUAUUUGAAAAUACAAAAACAGACACAGCAGAACUAUUUGUAGGAAUAAUUUACCAUACUUCAAAUCAGAGCAGAAACAAAUACAGAUUUUAUUUGUACAUGAGGGUAGUUCAUUGAGAAAACAUGUAAAUAAAUGAAUGUAAAAUAAAAAUAAUUUAGGUGUUGUUUUUCAUAAAAU